AUGGUCGACAUUGCAUCAUCAAUAACUAGAGCGUCCGCUGCUGCCGCGAAGAAGUCGAAAGGGUCUAACAAAGAUAGAGUAGAGGAUACAGGUGAGGCUCAAGGAUUAGCGGCUCCUAUAGACGGUGAAAUAGUCGAAACCCAAGACGUAACCGAUCCGGGAAUUGCACCCGUUGAUAAAGACGCUGGGGAAGAGCUACUUUUCGAGGAAGCGGUAGAAUCGUUCGAUCCGAAAGGGAAGGGUUCUACGAGUAAAGAACCCGAUUUCAUAGAGUUCAUGAAAGUAGUUCCGAGUGAGUAUAGACAAUAA